CAGUGACGCAAUGACGUCAACAGGAAGAGUGUCGGGGUCUCUCUUGUAGUGCAGAUGUUCGCACAGGUAGAAAAGUGACGAUGCCUGUGCAAAGUCGAUCCGUGCGGGACUCCUCUGUACAUUUCAGGUUACUCCAGCAGUAUCUGGUUCUCCUGAAGAAAUACCCAAUCCUGACUAAAUCUGUUACCAGUGGCAUCCUCUCAGCUUUAGGAAACCUUCUGUCUCAGUUUGUGGAGGCAAGAAAAAAAGCCCAGAAGGGAGCCCCUGUCAGUAAUAUCGAUGCAGCUGGAGCUACACGCUAUGCCAUUUAUGGGUUGUUUAUUACAGGACCCGUGAGCCAUUUAUUUUACCAGCUGAUGGAAGUGUGGAUUCCCACCAAAGACCCCUUUUGUAUAGUCAAACGUCUGCUGCUGGACCGGCUUAUCUUUGCCCCAGGCUUUCUGCUCCUUUUCUACUUUGUAAUGAACAUCCUGGAGGCUAAAGGAUGGAAUGAUUUUGAAAAGAAGAUGAGAAGAAGUUAUUGGACUGCUUUGAAGAUGAAUUGGAAAGUUUGGACCCCUUUCCAGUUCAUAAAUAUCAACUUUGUGCCUGUUCAGUUCCGGGUGCUUUUUGCCAACAUGAUCGCCUUAUUUUGGUAUGCCUACCUGGCAUCUGUGAGGAAAUGAUGCCAUCAAGAUGUCUCCAGAGAAGACACGUCUUCAGGAAACAGCCCUGGCAUGUUUGUAAAUGCCAGAAAACUGAGAUAAUAUAACAGACUCUUAAGUUUGCUACUUUAAAUCUGUGCCUAAUCUGGUCAGCCAUUUUCAAAUACAGAAGCUCUUGUGAUUAAUGCAAUGGACUGAAGCCUUUACAUCAUGCUGCUGUAACACUUUAAACGCUUGACUGGAAAUUUAUGUUUUCUAACAGUGUAACAUCUAAUUCAAAUAAUCUAAUUAAAGGAAUUUCUUUAUAUGA